CUGGUGAUAACCCCUCAGCUGUAGGCACAGGAAACACCGCAGCUGAUAACAGACAGACGGGCGUGGUGUGGUUUGAAUAUGCUCUAUGGAAACUGUGUGUGUGUGUGUGUGUGUGUGUGUGUGUGGCUGAAAACUUCCUGUUACUCAGUGUGUUUGUGCAGAAGCAGCUCCAGCCUGCAUGCUGACACAUGAGCAGCUCGACCUGUUGUUGACUGUGCUCGCAGACGCUCAGCCACACGGUGGAGUAGACUGCAUUCAUUCUGCACAGGAUCCAGUCAGGAUGAAGAUAGCAGCCUUUAACGGGAAGAACCUGGGACAGAAAAAAGUCCGUGACAAGAAUGUCAUCAAACACCUCACCAAGAUCAUAUCUCGGUACAGUGUGGUGUUCAUGCUGGAGGUGGUGGAUAAGAGCGGCAAAGCCAUGGAAACGUUACUGAAAGAAGUGAACAAAGCCGACGCUAACAGAAACCAUCCCUACUCAAAGAUUGCCAGCCGCCGACUGGGACGAGACACCUACAGGGAGCAGUAUGUCUGUUUUUACAGACUCGAUGAAGUAAACCAGAUGGAUACCUACCAGUAUGAAGAUAAUCAGGCUGAAGAUGAAGACGCCUUCGCCAGAGAGCCCUUCAUCCUGCGCUUCGAUUGUCCCACCACAGCUGUGGAUGAUCUGGUCCUGAUCCCGGUGCACACAAAGCCCAAAGACGCUCUGAAGGAGCUGGACGAGCUGCACGAUGUGGUUGAAGCAGUCAGGAAGAAGUGGAAAACCGAUAACAUUAUGAUUCUGGGGGACUUUAAUGCAGAUGGACAAUAUCUCUCCAAGAAGGGGAAGGAGAAGAUUCGCAUCUACUCUCCUCCCUACAAGUGGCUCAUUGGUGAUGAUGUUGACACCACAGCUAGCAACAAAAAUGACAACACCUACGACAGGAUUGUGGUGUACGGAGAGACCGUGCUGGAGGCCGUCGUCCCCGGCUCGGCCAAGUCCUUCAACUUCCAGAAAGAGUUCAAGCUGAGCGAUGAAGAGGCUCUCAGCAUCAGCGACCAUUACCCCGUGGAGGUGGAGCUGAAGACCAGAGCGGGGAGGCAGAGAAGGGCGGCACCGCCUCAGCCCACAACCACAGCAUCCAGGAAAGGACGGGCUCAGGGGAAAGGACACCAGAAGGAGGCCAAAGGAGCCGGAGCACCGAAGAGGAAACGAGGGCAGGAAUCGAACACACCAACCAAGAGACGACGUUAAUGAUCUAUUGAUUUUAAAAAGCAGUGAUACUGGAGUUCAUUAAAAACUAUUUUGAUUCAUUUUGUGUGACUGACUGAAAACCACACUGAUACUACAACCUGUAGUGUUUGUACUGAAAUAAAGCAUUUUCUUUACUGUGA